UUCAUCAGGUUCGGUGAUAUAUGUGUGUCCGCAAACACUUAUAUUUAAUGUUUAGUUUUAUUAUUUAAAUUGAUUGUCAGCGUCAAUUGACAAUUGUCUUUCUCUUCGCAUAGAAAGGAAAUACUUUGAUGUUAUGAAUGCGCCUACAAGUACAAGCAUCAGAGCAUCAGGAAGAAGUGAAAUCUGCAGAGACAGAGUUUAUUGAAGGACAGAGAGAACAUGAGAGAUCCAGAACCCUGCAGAAUGAAACACACUGAAGAACAAACAGAUUUGAUGGAGGAGAAUGAGGCGAGUGAAGCGCAGAAACAUCAUCAUGGCAAAACUAAAAAAAUCUCACUUACAGACGGAAAGUGUUUCUUUACUGAAAAGAAGAGACAAGAAAAGUUUCACCUGCACUCAGUGUGGAAAGAGUUUGUCAAGCAAGAAGAGUCUCAAUGUUCACAUGAGGAUCCACACUGGAGAGAAACCAUUCACAUGUGAUCAGUGCGGGAUGAGUUUCACACAAUCAUCAAACCUUCAGAGACACAUGAGCAUCCACACUGGAGAGAAACCACAUGAAUGUGAUCAAUGUGGCAAAACAUUUUUGUGGGCUUCAAGCCUGAAGGAGCACCUGAAAGUUCAUUCAGAGGAGAAACCACAUUCAUGUUCUUUAUGUGGAGAGAGUUUUUCAUGGCUGAAGAAUUUAAAAGUACAUCAGAAAAUACACACUGGUGUGAGAGAUUAUAUGUGCUUUGAGUGUGAGAAGACUUUUAUUACAGUUGGAGAAUUGAAACGGCACCAGAGGAUCCACACUGGAGAGAAACCUUACAAGUGUUCACACUGCGACAAGAGAUUCAGUCAGACAGCAAAUCUGAAAAGACAUGAGAGGAUUCACACUGGAGGGAAACCUUACAUGUGUUCACACUGCGACAAGAGAUUCAGUCGGUCAGGAGACCUGAAAUCACACGAGAGGAUUCACACUGGAGAUAAACCUUACAUGUGUUCACACUGCGACGAGAGAUUCAGUCAGACAAUAAAUCUGAAAAGACAUGAGAGGAUUCACACUCGAGAGAAACUGUAUCACUGCACUGCAUGCGGGAAGAGUUUCUGUCAUUCAUCAGCUUUAUGUAGUCAUACAAAAUACAAACACAGUAAGUAGAUCAUAGAUCCAGCACUUUUAAGUCUGAGGUCUCAACCUUGCUAAACGUGACACUCUAAUGCAGUGGUUCCCAAACCUGUCCUGGAUGCCCUGCACCUUUUGUAUGUCUCCCUUUUCUAACACACCUGAUUCCACUCAUCAGCUCGUUAGUAGAGACUGCAAGAACUAAAUCGGGUGUGUCUGAUUAGGGAGACAUACAAAAUGUGCAGGGGGUCCUCCAGGACAGGUUUGGGAACCACUGCUCUAAUGCAUUGAGUAAUAAAAUCUGUCCUAACCAGCCAGAGUGAACGACAGGACAAAGAAACAUCACCAAUAGUUUUCAAAGUGAAUAAAGUUCAUCUUCAAGGUCAGCAGUUUCAUUUGUGAGAUUCAGAUCAGUUCAAAGAUGGAAUUUCUCCCCAAGUAACAAUAUCUAACGUUUUAUUCUUGUAUACAACUUUGCUUUAUGAUAUAAAUUAUAUUAUUAUGCUUUAUUACCAGAUUCAUUUUAUGUUCAUAAUGUUCUUCUAAUGCUUAUUUGUAGAAGGUUUUUUUGUGCACAAAGGAAUCAAUAAGAGGAAUCAAAAUUUUAAUUUGAUAAAAAGUAGACUAUUCCUGACCUUAACCCUUGUGCAACCUUAUGGACAUUUGUCUAUUUUAGUGGGGGGUUUUUUUGUUUGUUUUUUUUGUUUUUUUGAUAAUUUUGCCUGUGUUAAUGCUAACUGCAUACAUUUUGGCUCAGGUGUGUAGUUUUUAUUGGAACUGUAAUAUUCCACCCUCAUUUCCUUUUUAAUAAAUCUUUUUUACACUAGGUACAAAAAAAUACUUCCUCUCAGCGCCUUUUGGACAAAAAUGUCCACAUUAAAGCCUAUGCUAUUUUUCAUUGCAGUGCCGUUUAACUGUAAACUUAUGCAAUUUUUGUUAAUAAGCUUUCAUUCUGUUGACAAGGCUUCAAAAUUUAAUUUUUUACUUUUUUUUUUUUUUUUUUUAACCAGAUGGUGCCAUUUUUUUCAGGUUUGCCCUAUAAAGGCAAAUACUCGCUUUAUUCCUGUUUUCUGCUUCUGCAUAUUAUAGAGCCACUUGGAUAAAUAAUGCAGCUAUAAUUGUGUGGGUGUGUUGGUAUGAAUGUUGGAGUGUGGUUUGUAUGUUUGUCAUAAAAAUCGUAUGUGUGUGCUUGUAAUAUUUGAGCGAGGAAAAAGUCUACUGUAAAUCACAAAUCCAACCACUGUGUGUUUUUCUGACAUCUAAUGGGGAAGAUUUGGUACUACGCCCAAACAAAAUUUUACUGAAAGCUCAUUUUUUGAGAUAUCAACCUCAAAUUUCAAACUUAAACAUUUAUAACUUUUUUUUGGGUUUUACUUUUUAAACUUUUUUUACUUCAACAAUAAUCUGCCAUAGGUCUUCUUUAAAAUGAGACCAAACUUUAGUCUGUGCUUUUUUUUUUUUUGUCCUAC